CGUUUAAACACUUAUAUAAAGUACCAGCGGCAAUAAAAUACGGAAAACAUUGCUAUUCAGUGUUGCUCCGUAUGCUGCACUGUGCUACGGAUGUGUUUUCAUUUAUUCAGUUACAAAGGUAAUCAACGAUGAAGGCACACGUGGCUUUUAUCGUUUUUCUUACUUCCGUUUAUUACAAAUUUACUGUUUGUGAGGAAUUGUUUUUACCCAAUGACGAUGUGUUGUCUGAUUUCCCAUCAUACAGCUACUUUUUGGAGAACGAGCUAGAUGACGAAUACGAGCGUGAUAAUGAGGAUAGCGUUUACGAGCUCAUGUCUAACGAUGGUUUUGGUAAGUAUAGUUUGAUGGAUGUUGCUGAAGAUGAGGAUGAACCAAACCACAGCUUUCUUGAGGUAGAUGAUGAAUACGACGCAUUGGAUGACGACAAUGCUGUAUUUUUCCAGACCGAAUCGAUGGAUGUGGAUGACAAGUUUCUAGGUGAUGAGGAUGAGAAGUUUGAUGACGUCAUCUUCCUCGAUGAUGAUGUGAUUGAGCCUCAACACAGUUCUUAUCAGCCCAUUAAACCACGCGGUACCACUGUAACGUGUGUUGAUAACGAGUGCACGAUGAACCGUCCCGAGGCAAAGGAUGCCAAAAAGGAUGGUGAGAAGGAAGGCGAGGAGCAGCCACCAAAGAGGACGUUCUUUAACCACACCCACUCUGCCAUCUUGGGUAUGCUUUUACUCGGUAUUUUGGUGGCCACAUGGUACAUACUGUACACCAAGGGUUAUCUGACGGCACUAAAGAACCGUGUAUGUGGUAUUUUCCGCCGUGCAGAGGCCUACGAAUCGGUUCUUCCAGAGACUUCGGAAUCGGAUCCGCUUGUUGCCCACUAGGUUCUCUAUAUAUAAAAUCCGAACUGUGUUUGGAAAAUAGCCUUAGCUAAUCAUUGGGGAUACCACAAG